GGGAGAGGGAGGGAGGGAGAGAAAGGGGUGGGGGGAAAGGGCGUUGCUUGGAUGGACCUUUCACAGGUCCCCAGCACUAGAGAGCAAGGCACUCUGUGGCUUUUUAAAAUCUCUCCCCCUCUUUAACCAAACUGGAGCUGGCUGGGAUUCAUUCUUCCAAAAGGAAGCAGCUGAAGGGAGGAGGACGAUCAAGUCCACUUAAAAAGAUACCGCGGCGGGUCUGCCUUCCUACUUAAAGUAGCAUCAGGGAAACCCAACGGAAUCCUGAGCAGAUUUGGCCAUCCUUUUCUCCUAAAGCGCUUUCUCCAGUAUACACCACCAGGAAAGAGUAGACCUUUCUCUCCCUCUCUCUCUCCCUCUCCCUCUCUCUUCUUGGCUUAAAGUUUGCAUUCGCUCAGUGCGUUGUUUGAAAGCAUCAGAGAAGGACCCCCCCCCUCUUCCUGGCCCGACCUUUCUGCAUAUACAAGCCAAUUGUAAUGGGGGCCGUGGAGAUUGUUGGAUUGUACACGCUUUCCUUUCUCCUGUACUCUGGCAACACCAUGGCUAAAGCCAGUCAAGAUAUUGACGAAUGUGUUGAUGGGACUGACAACUGCCACAUUGAUGCCAUCUGCCAGAACACUCCCAAAUCUUACAAAUGCAUCUGCAAAUCUGGCUACACCGGAGAUGGGAAGCACUGCAAAGAUGUUGAUGAAUGUGAGCGUGACGACAAUGCUGGCUGUGUCCAUGAAUGUGUCAACAUCCCAGGGAAUUAUCGAUGUACCUGCUACGAUGGCUUCCGCCUGGCACAUGAUGGCCAUAACUGCCUUGAUGUGGAUGAGUGUGCAGAGGGGAAUGGUGGCUGCCAGCAAACAUGUGUCAACAUGAUGGGGAGCUACGAGUGCCACUGUCGUGAUGGCUUUUUCCUGAGUGAUAACCAGCAUACCUGCAUCCAGCGCCCAGAAGAAGGAAUGAACUGCAUGAACAAGAAUCAUGGUUGUGCCCACAUCUGCCGGGAGACCCCAAAGGGUGGCAUUGCCUGUGAAUGCCGACCUGGCUUUGAGCUCACCAAGAAUCAGCGAGACUGCAAGUUGACCUGCAACUAUGGAAAUGGAGGAUGCCAACAUACUUGUGAUGAUACAGAUCAAGGGCCAAAGUGUGGUUGCCAUGUGAAGUUUAUACUACACUCUGAUGGGAAGACAUGCAUAGGGGAGAGGCACCUCCAGCAGCACGUUACCCCCCAGACGUUUUCUAAUGAAACGUGUGCUGUCAACAAUGGAGGCUGUGACAGCAAGUGCCAUGAUGCAGCCACUGGUGUGCACUGCAGCUGCCCAAUGGGAUUCAUGCUUCAGCCUGAUAGAAAAACGUGCAAAGAUAUUGAUGAAUGUAGGUUGAACAAUGGCGGCUGUGACCACAUCUGCAGGAACACAGUGGGGAGUUUUGAAUGCAGUUGUAAGAAAGGAUAUAAGCUGCUGAUCAACGAAAGGACCUGUCAAGAUAUUGAUGAAUGCUCCUUUGACAGAACCUGUGACCACAUCUGUGUAAACACGCCAGGCAGCUUCCAGUGCCUGUGUCACAAAGGCUACACACUCUAUGGACUCACCCACUGUGGAGAUGUCGAUGAAUGUAGCAUUAACCGAGGAGGCUGCAAAUUUGGCUGUAUAAACACCCCUGGCAGCUAUGAAUGUACUUGCCCUGCUGGGUGCAAACUUCAUUGGAAUAAAAAGGAUUGCAUAGAGCUGGUGAUAUGUUUGGCUGGCGCAGUAUCUCCACGAGCCACACUUACCUGCAACAAGAAUGGCAAGAAGGACAGCUGCUCCCUCACCUGUGCCUCUAAGGCUCGCUUUCUGCCUGAGUCUGACAAUAGCUACACAGUGAGCUGCGGUACCCCAAUAUUGCGGCAGGGACCUCCACAGAGGCCCAGCAAUGUCAGCCAUCCCUGUGUUGAGACUGUCGCUGCUCCAAUCAAACAAAAGGCUUCCUUCAAAAUCAAGGAUGCUAAAUGCCACCUGCACCCACGCAUGAAAGGCAAGCAGGAUGAGGUGGGCAGGAAUGCUGCACUAGGUGGGGCAACCCCUUGCUCAGAUUGCCAGGUGACAUUUGUGAACUUAAAGUGUGAUUCAUCCAAGAAGGGUAAAGGGCGCCGUGCCCGCAACUCCCCCAACAAGGAGGUGACUCGCAUCACGUUGGAGUUUGAAGCUGAAAUCAAGCCCGAAGAAAUUACAGCCAGCUGCAAUCUGAACUGUGUGCGGCAGAAGGUUGAGAAAAAACUGAAAUCGGCAAUCAAAGCACUGAAGAAAUCCAUAAACCAGGAACGAUUCCUGAUCCGCUUUUCAGGGAUGGAGUACGAAGUGGCGCGGAAGCUGAGCAUGGCUCCCGAGAGGCAGGAGAGCUGUGGGCCGGGACAGGAGAGACAGGGACCUAAGUGUGUUAGCUGCCUGCAAGGAACGUAUUACCAUGGUCAGAUGGAGCAGUGUGUCCCUUGCCCUCCAGGGACCUACCAGGAGAAAGAAGGCCAGCUCUCCUGUGACCUUUGCCCUGGAAGUGAUGCUUAUGGGCCAGCUGGAGCAACAAAUAUAAGCGCCUGUGCAGGUCAGUGCCCCCCCGGCCAGUACUCUGUAGAUGGUUUCAAACCCUGCCAACCAUGUCCACGUGGCACCUACCAACCUGAAGCAGGCCGAGCUUUGUGUUUCCACUGUGGCGGGGGACUGAACACAAAGCAUGAUGGCGCUUUUUCCUUCCAGGACUGUGAUACCAAAGUUCAAUGUUCCCCGGGCCAUUAUUAUAACACCAGCGUCCACCGCUGCAUCCGCUGUGCCGUAGGCACUUACCAACCUGACUUCCGCCAGAACUACUGCAUCACAUGCCCUGGGAAUACCACCACAGACUUUGACGGCUCAACCUCUGUGUCACAAUGCAAAAACCGUCAAUGUGGAGGGGAGUUGGGAGAGUACACUGGUUAUAUUGAGUCUCCCAACUACCCUGGAAACUACCCUGCAAAUGUGGAGUGUACUUGGAAUAUCAACCCACCGCCAAAGCGCAAGAUUCUCAUUGUGGUGCCUGAAAUCUUCCUGCCGUCUGAGGAUGAAUGUGGGGAUGUUCUGGUCAUGCGGAAAAACUCAUCUCCUUCCUCCAUCACCACCUAUGAGACAUGCCAGACUUAUGAGAGACCCAUCGCCUUCACUGCAAGGUCCCGAAAGCUGUGGAUCAACUUUAAAACUAGUGAAGCCAACAGUGCCAGAGGCUUCCAGAUACCAUACGUCACCUAUGACGAGGAUUAUGAACAGCUUGUGGAGGAUAUUGUACGGGAUGGCAGGCUAUACGCUUCUGAAAACCAUCAGGAAAUACUGAAGGACAAGAAGCUGAUCAAAGCUUUCUUUGAUGUGCUGGCUCACCCACAAAACUACUUCAAAUACACAGAGAAGCACAAGGAAAUGCUGCCACGAUCCUUUAUCAAACUCCUCCGGUCCAAAGUUUCCAGCUUUCUCAGGCCUUACAAAUAGCCUUGUGACGCUUUUCACCAGCCUUCCAGGCUCCUCGACAGCCAAGAAAACCUUUUCUUACACUUAAUUCUUAUUUUUCAAUGACUUUUCCUACAAAUACAAACCCCAUUUUCUCACUAUGCAGAUGACUCUAACCAUUGGUCUUCCCUUGGCUUUUCUCCAAACCAAAUUCACUGAUGACAUUGCCCUUGGAAGAAGCAGCUGGAAACCAUCCCCUCAGCUUUCCAUACUGGAGUCUCAGCCCAUGGAGUUCACAUAUCCCAGUAAGUGAUACACUCUUCACAAGUGGCCUCUACUGGGACCUGGAACUCCAGGGCAGUUUCCGCCUUCUCCCAUAUAUGCAAAUUAUGUACAGCCCCUUCUGCUGCAAGGCAGUUGCCAAAGAGGCUGUUUGUACAUCUCUCUGCACACGAUUGUCUGCUUCUAGAUAGAAACACCCCUGCUAUCAUAUCAUGCUCCACUCCUGGGACACAGAAAAAAUGGGGAGACAUUGAGCAGCUUCUAAGCAGUGGAACUGGUCCAGCUGAACUCUUUCGUAAAGAAUUGGGGGCAAAGGACACCCAGAAUGCGGAAGGUUAUGCCUUAUUUAUCAGACUGUUGGGGUUUUUUUAAAAGAGAAAAAUAAACCAAGCACAGUCUUGCAGAGAGGAUCAGACAAAAUAAAGCGCAAGUUGUGGGGAUGUAAAAGAAAAAGACGUAUCACAGAAGUUUGAAAGUAAACCGCCCAUGUUCGUGGUGGCAAGUUUGGUGACUAAGAGCAUCAUUUCGUGACGGAGUCUUGACUUUUUGCAUUCAGAGAAAACAUUGGCCUAGCCACAAUCUCACAUGGAAUGAUGUCUGGAAAAGGGGGAAGAAAACAUGGUAAAAAGUGAGACUUUCCAAUGUGAUUUCUCCCCCAUGGAGACUUGUGCUGAGAGAUCAGACUUCUUAUAAGCUCUGCCAAAGAGUAACUCAAUGACAAAAAAGCAAGCAGUGUGAAGGGCAGGAGUGAGUGAAUGUUUGUGCACUAGGACGUUCUCCUUUCUACCUUUUUCAUAUUAUUAAGUGCAAUCAUUUUUGAGUUGUCUUUAUAUUAUUUAGAGGGAAGUUUUGUUUUUUUCUCCUAGAAACUACAAUAUUUAUACCUGCCUGAGAAAAGAGAAUGUGUGUAUGUUUGUUUUGUGUGUGUGCGUGCGUGCAUGUGUUAAAAUGAAACAGAAAUGAAUACAGACAAGGAUUUGGGGAAAUGGUGACUAAAUGUGACGUAAGUUUUCAGCUCUUGGAAUCUUUUGUUUUUCCUCACCACAGUAAAUUCCAAUGUAAAUCCUGAAGAUCAAGCUCCUUGAUUAUCCUGUAAACAAUGGAAGGUACACAGGACUUGCGCAGAAUAUUUCUAGUGACUUGGAAAUUAUGUCUUGGCCACAAGCAGCUCUUGAGAGUAAAUUCAAUUCAAUAUCAAGAAUGCAUAUUAGGGAUCACAUAUUGGAAUGCAUCCCUGUGUUAAACUCUUCUAGCAUUUGCAAAGUGUUGUCUAACUCUCACUCUUUCUGACAAGUUAGCUUUGCACAGGCAGGGAAGUUUUGAUAUAUUUGAACCCAAGGUUCCCCAUUUAGAUAUUGAGGUGGUAUAGUUCGUUUUCUGAAUGUCUCAGUAGGCUCUUAUUUCUCAAGAGGUGCUGGGGUUCAAGUUUCCUGGGAAUUUGCAUCGUCCAACUGAAGGCUCUUUCCCCUAAACUCAGAGCUGUAGCCAUGAAUUCUCAGUGAUAAUUCUCUUUCCCUGCUCAAAGACACUGUAGUCUUCCUUUUUUUCAAAGGCUGAGUUCAGCACUGAACUCAGGUUUUGAGAUGAGCUGUUGUGAGCCCUAACUUCAAAACUGAAGUAUGCCAUUGUCAGUUUGAUUCUUCCCUAUGUAAGGUCACUUGUCAGUCACUGAUCCAUAAUCCAGUGCAAAUACUAGUGAUGAAAUCCCAACUUCUAUAGGUGAAAUUGUUGCCUUCUCUGAGCCAUGACCUGAAACUAACAAUUGGAAAUGUGUCUGAAAAGCUGCAAGGCUGCACUUGGAUCAGAUCAUCUCUGUUUCCUGUAGUGGUAUUGAAGCUUUUUUGCCUGAGUCUUAAUUGUUUGCUUUCCCUCUCUUUCGGAUCCAGAAUCGGAAUUUGCCCCUUUAAAUUUACUCUAAUCAUCUCAGCAUUGAAGUUGAAUUGCCUCUGACGUGAACAUUUUUGCAGUACUUCAGCAGGACCUUAGUAACACCUAAGAAUUCAUAUCUGGCUCUGAUGUCAUCAUAUUCAGCAAUUUCUUAUGGCAUAUAAGCAUUUGUUUAUCGGGGGGAGGGGGAGAUGCUCAAGUCCAAUUGCUUACUGUAGGCAAAAAUUCAGGGGCCAGCUCUAAAGGAAAAACUUGUAUUGAAUUUGGCUUAGAAAUUCUACCUGAUUUCCUUCUAGCUAGAGUCCUUGUUUCCAUUCUAUCCUUAAUGAAAUGUAGAAAAUCUAAAGGUUUGAAAAGCUGAAAAUUCCAUCUCAACAUAGGAAAUAUAACAAUUUAAAACAACAAAGCUGAAAUAUUUAUAAUUGCAUUGUGCAGUAAUCCACAGUCCAAUAUCUCCUAUAAAGUAAUGAUUAAAUGAUGAAAAAGGUGUAGUCCAUAAAGUUAUUUGCACUUGAUAAAAAAAAAUUGUAUCUGAACUUGUAAAAAGAAAAGUUUGCAUUUCAUAUUGUCUUUUUUUAAUUAUUAAAUGGAAUUUCUUGG